AAGAACAAAAUUACAAGAAAAUCAAAGAAAGAGGGAGAACGUGUGUGAUAAUAAUAAAUUUAAAUAUAUAAAGGAGGGCAACUGGUGGGGUUUGUGAUUCUAUGAGAAAAAUACUAAAAACCAGAGCACACAUCCAGAUAGAGAUAGAAACCAGAAAGGGGGUCAAAUACCCCAAAGCAAGCAGCUUUUGGAUUUUGUUUUUUCACAUUGAAUUCACAAACCUUUUUUCUGGCUUUCCCAAAAUUUUAUAACUUUAUAGUCUCUGAUUUGUGCAAUAAUUCCUCAAGAUCUGCAAUUCAAGGCACAAGCUUUUCUCUGCUGGCUCUCUUUCUCUUACUCUGUCUGUGUGGAGAGGAACAAAAGAAAAGACAUGGAGGUGGGGCAGAUGCAGAGACAGUGGGUUGACUACACAAAAUCCUUGUUCCUGGAGGGGUUUCUGGAUGGUCAGUUUUUGCAGCUCCAACAGCUGCAGGAUGAGAGCAACCCAGAUUUUGUUGUUGAAGUGGUGUCUCUUUUCUUUGAAGAUUCUGAGAAGCUUCUCAAUGAUCUCACCAGAGCUCUAGAACAACCAACUGUAGACUUCAAAAGGGUUGAUGCCCACGUUCACCAGUUCAAGGGUAGUAGCUCCAGUAUUGGUGCUCAGAGAGUUAAAAAUGCCUGCAUUGCUUUCCGCAAUUUCUGCGAGGAAAAGAACACUGAAGGGUGUGUUAGAUGUGUUCAACAAGUAAAGCAUGAGUACUACCUCGUGAAGAGCAAGCUUGAAACUCUCUUCGCGUUGGAGCAACAAAUUAUGGCAGCUGGUGGGUCGAUUCCUAUGUUGGAAUUGAAUUUCUAAGCCUACAAUUGUGAAAAGAAAACAAGAAGGUUGGGGUGGUUGGAGAGAUCUCGUCGCACAAGUAUUGUAUAACACCUCUCUUAAUUGAUUGAAAAUUCUCUUCACUAAUGAAUUUGUGCUUGUAUGAAUAUUAUGAGGAGUAGUUUUUCCAUCUGGUGCCACUUCUUGAUGAACCUUUAACCUUUUUAUUUAUGAAAAGGUGUUUCCCAUCCAGUUUUAUCUGGCGACA